GCGAGCGGAGCGACAGAGCGGCGAGCUAGAGGAGACAAAGCCCAGAGUGAGGAGAGGAAAGAGAAGGAGAGGUGUGGAAGCGCCGCUGCUCUUCAGGAAUGGCCUCUGACGCUUUCAGGCGCGUACAAAGUACGAAGUAGACUCUCGUUUUGGAUUACUUUGCUCGCCGGAGAGUUUGGCUCGCGCUGAAAGUUUGCAGGCGUCUUGUGUGUGUGUGUGCGCGUGUGUGUGUUUGCGCGCGCGCGCGCGCGUGUGUGUGUGAGUGUGUGCGCGAGUGUGUGAGUGGAGGGAGAGAUGAGUGACCGCAGGCGCUCGGCCGCAGCGCUGAGCUCCAGAGCGCACGCGUUCUCCGUGGAGGCCCUGAUCGGCUCCAACAAGAAGCGCAAGCUGCGGGGCUGGGAGGACAAGGAGCUGCAGCAGCUCUCCAUGGACAGCCUCACCGCCAACGGACAGCUGGGAGACGCCGAGGACCCUGCGCACUGUCUGGAUAUAGACCCCGACUCGGCGGGCAGUCCGGGCUCGGAGGGGGAUUGUGAGGGUGUGGUCUCAGGCUCGUGCUGCGAGCCCGCGGCCGCCGCUGCCUCCAUGGAGGAGAUUCAGGUGGAGCUGCAGUGCGCGGAUCUGUGGAAGCGCUUCCACGACAUCGGCACAGAGAUGAUCAUCACCAAGGCGGGGCGGAGAAUGUUUCCAGCCAUGAGGGUUAAAAUAGUGGGACUGGAUCCUCAUCAGCAGUAUUACAUAGCCAUGGACAUCGUGCCUGUGGACAACAAGCGAUACAGGUAUGUGUAUCACAGCUCGAAGUGGAUGGUUGCAGGAAAUGCGGAUUCUCCUGUGCCUCCACGUGUCUAUAUACACCCAGACUCACUGGCCUCCGGAGACACGUGGAUGAGACAGGUGGUCAGCUUUGACAAGCUCAAACUCACCAACAAUGAGCUGGAUGACCAAGGCCAUAUCAUCCUACACUCCAUGCACAAAUAUCAACCUCGUGUCCAUGUAAUCCGGAAGGACUUCAGCAGCGAGCUCUCUCCGACUAAACCAGUGCCUAAUGGGGAGGGAGUGAAAACCUUCAGCUUCCCCGAAACUGUUUUCACCACAGUUACAGCUUACCAAAACCAACAGAUCACCCGGCUAAAGAUUGACCGCAAUCCAUUUGCGAAAGGAUUCCGGGACUCAGGGAGAAAUAGGACUGGUCUGGAGGCCAUCAUGGAAACAUAUGCCUUUUGGAGACCACCUGUGAGGACGCUUACGUUUGAGGACUUCACUAACAUGCAGAAACAGCAAGGAGGGAGCACUGGCACCUCUCCCACUACCUCCAGCACUGGUACGCCAUCUCCAUCGAGCGCCGCCCACCUCCUGUCCCCCUCCUGCUCUCCUCCCACCUUUCAUCUUGCGCCCAACACCUUCAAUGUGGGCUGCAGGGAAAGCCAGCUGUGCAACCUGGGUCUGUCUGAGUAUCCUGCUUGCGCCCGGAGCAACAUGGCCGCCCUGCAGAGCUAUGGGGGACUGGCUGAAGGCUCUUAUGGCCGCCUCCAAACAGCAGGUGGCAGCGUAACGUCCGGCCAGCCUUCAGACACCUUUUUGCCUCAGAGAACUUCCUCUUUAAUAGCAGCAGGUAUGCAGGGUAGCACUCACGCUUCGCUGGCCACCAGCAGUAGCAGUGGAGGCGGUGGUGGUGGUAAGAUGGACGCUUAUGGAGGCCAGCUGGCAUCUUUCCCUGCCUCCCAGCUCCAGUACGUGAUGCAGGCAGGGGCGGGCUCAGCCUCUGGCUCCUCCUCCUCCCCAGGAACCUCACCUUCCUCCACCCACAUGUUCACUGGGAGCCAUCAUCAUGUGCAGCAAGGCUCAUAUAAUGCCUUUUCCUUGCACAAUCCCUACAACCUGUACGGAUACAACUUCCCAGCCUCACCGCGCCUGGCAGCCAGCCCAGAGAAACCUCAGGCAGGCCUGCUGUGCUCUUCCUCUUCAGCCGGAGCCUUCGCUGAGCGCCAAUACCUAUCCAGCAGCAGCAUGGACAGCAUGCACAUGAUCGGAAAUCCCACCAGUAGCCAGCAGGGGGCUGUGGCCUGCGAUGGCCGCCAGUAUGGCUCCUCCUCUCAAAUGUCCAUGCACAUGGUUUGAAAGAAAAAGAAAAAAAAAAAAAAAAACAGAGUAAUGUGCACCAUCACAGCAAGAAGCCAUAGCAGUUCAAUUCUCAGCUCUUAUGGAAUUUCGUUAUUUUUUUAAAUUAGAUUUUUGAUCUAUUUUUAGAAGAGCAAGUCAACUUGCCUGUGGUUGAAGAUCCAAUCCAUCAUCAUUCGUCACUGAUGUACAAAGGUACAGAGCACUCCUUUAAAAAACGGGAACUCAUCAUCUCAAUAUGUCCAGGCCUUAAAUUUCCCUAAUCAGACUUUAGAUAUGUUAUUUAUGUCUGUUUCCUUAAUGAUACUUGCCCAAAUAGGCAUAUAUGUAAGCCGAUAUUGACCUGCCCUCUUUACUUUCACAAUUUCCAACCUCAAUCCAGAGCUGUAUUGGUGCAAGUGAAGUCUCUGUCUUAUGAGGGUGCUCUUGAAAGAUUCUAGUGAGAUUUGGUGCAAUAAAUGGACUCAGUGAAUCAUUUCUUAUCUCAAUUAGCAUUUGUGAAAAGAGACACUCAAAACUGACCUUGUUUAUGUUUUGUUUAUGUUUAUCUUAUAUCACAUUUACUUCACUGCAAAACAGUGGCAGAGAACUGGAAACUGCAGAGAAUGUCAGCAGUGAUGUCUCCCAAAUAAAGGGACUGUGAUAAAAGGAGAACUGAGAAAUGUUCAACAAGAUGAAACACAGUGAUGCAGAAUAACCCAAGCAUACAGUUAACACCAAUAGAAAUUGCAUCUUUUGUAAAGUUCACCUGAAGGACACUGGCAUGCAGUGACUGAUUUUUGGAUUUCAAGGACUAUUGUUUUUGCUAAAUCAUCUUGCCUAUUUUAUCAGAAAUUGUCUAUCCAUAUUUUGAGUGGAUUACCUUUUUAAACACAUAAGUAAUGGAGAGUGCACGCAAGACAAGUUUUCAUGUUGUGUGGAAAAAUAGGAAACCAGAGUAAUAAAAGUAUGUUUUGGAGUGCUGUAGAUAACAAAGUAUUUAAUGCUAAGUGACAAUAUAGUUAUAUGGCCAGGUUAUGGUGACCUUAAAAAACACACAUGGACAGCAGAUAUCCUUAUAGACCUUUAAAACUGUACAGGUGCCAAGCACAAAACCUCAAUAAAUAAACAAUUCAAUACAGUAUCUA